AUGACUACUGCUGCCAAGAAGUACCCUGACUUCUUCAAAGUCUUCCUUCAGAAGCAACACUCAGAAAGAAUGCUCAUUCCAAAUGCUUUUGUUAAAUUGACAAGCUUACAAAGAAGGAUACCUGAGAAUGUCAUCCUUAGAAACCGUAAAGGGAGAGUUUGGCAUGUCAAAAUACGUUCUAUUGGUGACAAACUGUAUUUUGAUGAUGGUUGGAAGCGUUUUCGUGAAGAAAAUUCUUUAGAGGAACCAAACUUUCUCGUUUUUACAUAUGAUGGGAGCAAAGGGUUCAAGUUCAUAAUCCUUGAGCUAUCAACAAGUUGUGAGAAGACAACAGUAAAGGAGGAGGAGGAAGAAGGAGAAGAAAACGACCAUGUGAUAGAGUUGAGGGAAGAGGCGGAGAAUAUAGAAGAGAACAUAGAAGAAGUUGAGGAUUGGGUGAUGGAGGAUGAGGAAGAACAAACACAAGAGGAAGACAGUGAUGAUGAUGACUAUGAUGGUGACAGCGACAACGAUGACAAUGAUGAUUUUGAUGAUGAUGAUUAUGUAGAGAUGGAAGAAGAUAAUGAAGGAGAAUAUAUUGCUGGAAGCAUGAGGAGCCAGUGUCGUCAUAAACCCUGUAGAACUCUUGUUGUCCACAAAAGGGAGACUGCAAAAAGAUCCACAAGAAAGGUUCAAGGUCCUCGAAUUGAAGACUAUGAAGAUGAAGCAGAAAUCACAUUCCAACCAAUGUCAUUAAAGACUUUUGUCUUACCCUUCAUGAAAAGAUCACCCUUUUAUGUUGCCAAUGUCAGGAUAUUCAAAGACAUGAAGUACGAGACUAUCAUCUCAACUUGCCACAACAAACAAUCAUCCGCAAAAGUCCCAACUCAAAGUCUCUUCCUUCCUACCCUUUUACUUCAACAAGGCAAGCGAAGAGGUGUAGGAGCCACCUCUUCAACAUGUAAUGCUGCAUCAGCUGAGAUUUUCAAGAUUGCAUCCAUAACGAAUGGCCAUGUUCUUAUUGGGGUUGUUAUAGGAUUUGUUCUUCUUCAAAUCGAAGCAUCUGUAGAAGAGGCUGAGUGA